GAGUGGGCUGUGUUGCUCCCUUUUCCAUGCCAUGUUCGGCGACCUCGGUGGCCGCCCUCAAGGAGCAACUCGCUCCGCAGCAAGAGGCCAUCCUCCUGGGCAUUUUGCCACAGGGCCUAUGCCGUGCUGUGCUUUGCGAUGAGGACUUGCAGGCGGUUCUGGCAGCAGGGGAGCCGCGCCUCGAGGUGCGGCCAGUGAGCCCCUCGCCCUCGCCGCGCACACCCCGGUACGCGCCGCCGCGCGAGCGCCGCGAGCGUGGGCCAGCGCGCGGCGUGCUGCGGCGCCCCGUCCCGUGGGUGAGCUCCAAGCCUUGUGAGCUUCAGCAAGACGAGCUGGAAAGCGCGGGGGUCGUGUGGCAUCCGGGCAGCACCCAGCUCAUGGAGGCCCUGGGCCUCCAUUCGGAGUACCGCCGCCUGCGGAGCCGCCUGCGCCGGCAGAGCGACUUCGUGGUGGACACCCUGCGGGAGCACCGCGAGGUGGUGAACUCCGGGACCUACAGGAAGGAUGGAAGUGGAAUGAAGGUGCACAGCCGAGACUUGGUGAAGCUGCAGCUGGCGGCGGAAAUGUUCAAGCAGCUGGAGGACACCACGGAGGAAAGUUUGCUCCAGAACCCCGUGGAAGCCGUGUGGCAGAUACAGCAUGCUCGGCAUCGGCUAUCCCAGGACGGUCGCAAAGUGCCACGCAGGAGAUACUGGGAGAGCCCCUGGCGACCCCUGGGGCCCAUCGCAGAGGUGGCCUUCCGCAUUUUUCCAUCGGGCGAUGGUGAUGCAGCAGAGGGCAACGCGGUCAUCUUCUUUUGGAUGGAGCAACCUCCUGUGCUCAGCUUUUCCUUCCGGGUGGAGGUUGGCGCAGAGCGCGCGGUGAAUGCAGCGUGGUCAUCAGAGGUGUCCUGGGCUCGAGUGGAGUUUCCCUGGGCCUUGCUGGCGCCCGAAUUGAGUGAGGAGGCGCUGUCCGUUCGCCUGGUGCUCGUGCAAUGGCAUGCAAAGGCAACCGCCUGAGGCAUGGGAGCUCACACAAGUCUGAGCGAGCGGGCGCGAAGCGAAGUCUCACCUUGGGUCCGAUCAAUUGGAAACCAGGGACCCUCCGUCAAGCGGGAACCUCCUUGCCAUCUGAGAUCGAGCGCAACU